UUUUUUUUUUUUUUGCAGGAGCGUCCAGUGAAUUGGGUCGGUAGCUGUAGCUGAGUCGCGCCUGCAGACUUGUUCGUGUAAUAUUUGCUCACUUCAAUAUUUCCUAUUACGAACGCCGCCUCAUCCGGAGCUUCGCUCAUAGUGUUUUAUUCCACGUUCUUCAAACCUGACCUUUAUUGCAAGAGGCCCAGCAAACUAUCAGCCUGCAAACUUGACUUCCAUUCAUAGAGGGGAAAAAAACCUAUCAUCUACGAGAAGACCCAGCUGAAGAGAGGAAGCAGCCAUGUUGAUCAUCUUAGUCCUCAUCAUCCUUUUCCAUUUGGCUGCAGCCGUUCUCCUCUUUGUUGCAACCAUACAUAAUGCAUGGUGGUUGGUAUCAACACCUGGACGGGAUGUCCUCUACUCGGACUUGUGGUACUCUUGCAAUGCCACUUGCUUUCCUAUCGCCAAGAGCCACACUACUGAUGCGGCCUACCUGCAGACGGUCCAGGCUACCAUGAUCCUGGCCACCAUUUUAUGCUGUAUUAGCUUCUUCAUCUUCAUUCUUCAGCUCUUCAGGCUCAAGCAAGGGGAGAGAUUUGUCUUCACUGCAAUUAUUCAACUGUUAGCUUCUUUGUGCGUGAUGAUGGCGGCGUCCAUUUACACGGCUCAGAACAAGUCCUUCCAUCAUAGCAGUCUCCAUGACGGCUCGUACGGCUCCUCCUAUAUUUUGGCUUGGGUUAGUUUCCCAAUGACUCUAAUUAGUGGUCUGAUGUAUCUGGUGCUUCGAAAACGCAAGUAAAUGUCAAUUUAUGGGGGAUAGAGUAUAUAAAUUGAAAUCCUUGGAUGUACAGUAAAUAUCCCGAGAAGACAUCGACAUGCCGCUAUUUUUCCAACACUCAACAACAAUCAAGCAUCGCCUAUCACUCUUGUAAUGGUGAAUACAGUUAAGGAUGCAUUUGAUGUCACUUCUUAUACACACACACUGAUAAAUGGUUGUCAUUUGAGAAAAUCUCACUGGAUUUCCAGCAACAUUCAGCGUAUAUUUUCAAACGUGAAUUAAUGGCUGGAAGGCAGAGCCAUGUUUGUUCAAUUUGCAUUUCAAGUUGGACAAGUAUCACGCGAUAGGUUCAUUUGAAUUAAGGCUAGGUGUAUGUAAAUUCUCAUGAAAAUUUUUAAAAGAGGAAAAACUUUAACAGUAACCAAUGAUUCUUUGUGUAUUUAAUGACAACAUAUGUUGUAAUUUGUGUAUGAGCUGGUCAUCCAAGUUAGUAAGAUCUACAAAACCUCUUUUGUUGUUGUUAAAGGAUUUUUAAAAAACAAGAACACACUUGCCUUCAUCCACCUUUGCAUUUAUGAGUGACUGUCUCUUUUAUUUCUUUUUAUGGUUCAUUGUCAUGCAAGACCGUGUGGGAAAUAUGUGUGGGUUAAAAAAAAUAAAAAAAAAUGGGAGAUUUUCUUUCUGGGUCCACAUUUGUUUUUGAGACGCUAUUAACAAAUAAAUCAUGUUGUACAUAUUUGCUGUGUAUGUAUAGUUAAACCAAUUGCUGACUGAAAUACUAAUGUGGUUAAUAACAAAAAAAGUAGAAAAUAUUAUGUUAAUCUUAGCUUAAAGAAAUGUAGUGGUAUAAAUUGUGGGAUAUUAUAUUGUCUUUGUUAUGCUUUUGCAUCUGUUGGUGACAUGGUGAAAUACACAAACCGAUGAUGUGCUGUGAUAUUUGGGAUUCAAAUGACAACAUAAACUUGAAGUAGGAAUGUUUUGCUAUUUCUGUCAUGCUAUUGGGUUAUUUUGCUCUUUUUUUCCCCCAACAAAAACUGGGACAAAGGCUAUUUAUUAAACCAACUGUAACAUGUUUAAUAAUCACAAAUGAGAAUGAAAUGGGUCAUUUUAUUCUAUUGCCCAUUACCUUAUGCUUCAUAUCAAAGAUUAUUCCUGGCUAAUACUUGCUCAUAAAAAAAGCACUAACUUUUAAAAUCACUAUUUCUUGGUGUGAUUUUUAUAGCACAAAAAUGUAAUGGCCUCUUUCAAUUUCAUUUAUGGGGACAUAGAAUGUCCUUUUUGUUGGGUUAGUCUUUCUCUAAAUUGUGCUUCAAAAUAUAAAAUAUGAACGUGAGAAUUAAGGUGGCCUAUCUUUUAUAGUUUAACGCCAUCUAGUGGAUUACUAGUCAACUACACUUUGGAAAAGUACCUCAAACAAUUACGGUCCUUUACCUCAAACUUUGAAGUUAGCGUCCGUAAUUGUUUAAUUAAACAUUAUCCUUUGUUUGUGACAACUGUUUUCUUUCUUUAUUAAACAUUUAAAAGUU